CACAGAUUGGAGUCACCAAAGACUGAGAGAAGCUUCAGUACACUGAGGAGUGAGGACCAGGAAAGGAGUAAGCACAGAGAUGACCAGCUCACCGGCUCCUAGGAUGGUUCACAACUACAAACGGACCUCCAGCCCCCGGUCCCCGACCAACACGGGGGAGCUGUUCACGCCCGCGCACGAGGAGAACGUGCGCUUCAUCCACGAGACCUGGCAGUGCGUCAUGAGAGACGUCAAAUCGCCUCAGGGCAGCGAGCGCAGCGACAGGGGACCCCAAGAGUACGUGGAGAAGACCCCCAACCCAGCGCUGCAUUCUUUCACACCCGUUGACCUGAGUGAAAUUAAGAGGCGGAACACACAGGACUCCAAGAAGUCUUAGUUGGCCAUCUUACCGAUUCAACCUCUUACAACCUUUACAAAACCUUACCUUGCCUCGCCUCCUCCCAAUCUCCUCUUGAACUUAAAUAAUAAACCUUCUACCAGCAAACCACCCAGUCUGACAGUCCCAGGGAAUGAUGCCCUUUACUCCUUGGCCUUCCAGACUGCUGGCCUGCUGCCCUGUGCUCCCCGCAGUGACUUGCAUCUUUCCUGCUACUUUGUUCUGGAAGUCACUUUUAGUUGACCCUUAUGCAUAACCACCACCUUCUGGCCAUCUUCAGGUGUGUGCUCUGGCUUAUUCCUGACUGUGACCUCACCGGAAGUGAAAGGGCAAAGGAGACUGGGAUUACAUAUUCAGGGUUUUUUUUUUUUUUUUUUUUCUUCUUCCUGGUUUUAUAUUCUGGGGGGGGAAUAGAUGACUAAAGCAUGGAUCACAUUUUAUUUUUUUUUUUUUUCUGAAAGACAUCAAUUGGACUGAAGCUGGAUCCAGUAGGAAAGCAGCUCUGACUAGAUGAUUAUGAAAAUGUACAAAUAGACAUUUUUCCAUAUCUCUUUCAGGACACAUGAAGGACUACAGUCUUAAAUACAAACUUUGUUCGUUUUUCAUCUUCAUGCAUUACCUUGGAGGGACAUGCUGAAGGGCAAAGGAUGUUUUUCCUUUCCCUGUUGACAGAUUUGUUUUAACUCAGUAAAGGUUGCUAAUAUGUAGAGUGGGUGGGAGGCCUAGGUUAUCAUUGUUUAGAUGCAGAUGUGACCUUUUUAAUCUUGUUUUAGGCCCAUACAAUAUUAAAUCCCAGAACAAUUGUAUGUUGCCAUAGUUCUGCGAAAUCUCUUAAUGAAAAUUUUCCUUGAAUAUUUUAAAUUUAAUGGCGUAGCAGACCUGUCAACGCAUUGACGCCUAUGAAGUUACACACACUUGCAUUGUGAUGGUGUUGCACUGAAAGAUGUGUGUCUUGGAGAAAGUUUAAGUUCGGUCUGUUUUAAGUUAAUGGGCAAGGUUCUGCUCCUGGCUUCUUGGUAAAUUUGACCAUUCUACUAAAGCCCCUUAGGUUCCAUUACCCUGGUUUGGUUUAUUCGCAUCACCUUGGCAAACCUCUCUUACAUGAGUAAAUUUGAAGAUGGUCCUUUUAACAAUUACUUAUUUUUGCCUGGAGUAAUUAGCAGUUGUUUUUACGCAACAGAUUUUCUCCAUUGUCAAAGGAUUCAUUGGGGGUUUAACUGAAAGAGUUUGUUGCAGGUAUACUUAGUAACACUGGCAUUGACCCACCCUUGUAAAUGUCUCUUCUGGAAUGGAUGAAAUACACAGCUUGUGAUGGUUGUGGUUGUGAAUUUCCAUUUCGGAACCCAAUUGGUCAUCUAUCUGGGUGUUCAGCAUUGCAUGAGCCAGCAACACUAUCCUUAGUGCUAGGGUUGAGGGGCAAAUCGAACUGCUGAGAUCCUGUGUGCAGAUCUGCUCAGUUUUAUCAAAAGACAUUUUUUUUUAUACUGUGGAAAUGAAUGUUCUUGCAGGUUUCAACAAAAUCUUCCUGAUGUAGUUAUAUGGGAGGAGUAAAUGCAGGAGGGAUCAAAAUUUACAAUGUCAACAUGGGAAACCAAGGAGUUUGCUUUUCAAUAAUUUCUGUUACCACUAAUGGUGAACAGAAUGGGAUCUGCACCAUUUCUCUCUCUGAAGUACUGUGUUUAAACCAGUGUUAUUUACUGCUUCCCAAAAAUAGGAAAGGCAAGUCCCAAAAAGAUUAACCUGAAUUGGAAAAUAACUGGGGAAGGGCUGUGUAAAUAAAGUUUUCUUAAGACA